UGAACUUCCAUGCCCUCCACAUGCAUUAUGAGAUAUUAAUAGGAAAAUCCUUCUCCAUAAUGAACUUAUAGAUCUCCUUCUAUUUCAUCUCUAUGCAUUAUGUACUCUCAUGCACCUUUUAUUGUGUAUUCUCUCGACAUGUAGGUUUGGUUCUAUUAUUUUUUGAUAUUUAUUCAUUUAAAACCAAAAUAAGUCAAAUCUUACAACAACAACAACAACAUACCUAGUGAAAUCCUACUAGGUGGGGUCUGGGGAGGGUAGAGUGUGCGCAUACCUCACCACUAUCGUGGAGGUAGAGAGGUUGUUUCCGGAAGACGCUUAACUUUAGUACAUCAAACCCAACUAAAAGAAGGAAAAGAACCAUAACAAAACAAAAUAGUGUGAUAAUCGCAACAUAAUAAACCACAUAUGACCAUAACUACAAGGGUACGAGUAAUACUGUGAUAGGCACUAGUCACUACCAAGCCUAGAGAUGCGUAUCGAUUGGUUCAGUUUUGAAGUUUAUAGGUUUGACUUAUUGGUUAUUGGUUUGUAGAGAUGUUAAAUCGUUAUAGAACUAUUAAUAUAUUGACUUAUCGGUAAUUGGUUUAUCGGUUAUUGAUUGUUAUUAAUUCGGUUAUCAGUUUAAUCGUUAAGAUUUGACAUAAAAAUAAUCAUUGAAAAUCACUUAGAAACAAGGUGACAAACAAAAUGAACCAUGCACAUGAGUUCAUAAGUUACGUCUUGUUCAAAAGCAAACACUUUUAAAUUGUAAAAUAACCAAGAGUUUGAGACAAUAAAAAAUAAAAAUAGAAACCAAACUCUAAGUCAAGGAUUUUAUAUACAAAAUAGUAUAAAUAUAAUUAUUUAAUUAUUAUCGGGUUAUCGGUUGACCCGAUAAGAAAAAACCUCAAAUUGUUAAGAACCGAUAACCCGAUAAGGAAAAAAUAUUAAAACUGUUAUCAAAACCACGAAGCUCAUUAUUGAUAAACUAAUAACUUUUUUUUUCAGUUCGGAUUAUCGGUUUGGGUUCGAUUUUGAACAACCCUAACCAAGCCUACUAACCUUCUACCCUGAUACGCGACCUCUGUUCCUUCCAAUCUAGUGUUGUCUUUGGUAUCACCUACUCUCAAUUCUUUUUUGGCCUACCUCUACCCCUCCGUAAACCCCAACACCCAACCUCUCGCACCUCCUCACUAGGGGAUUUAGCACACCUUCUCUCACAUGCCCAAACCAUUUCAGUCUCACUUUCUUCAUCUUGUCUGGCAUAAAGGCUACUCCGACAUUCUCCCAAAUAACCUCAUUCCUAAUUGUGUCAUUUCUAGUAUGCCCAUAUAGCCGUCUCUACAUCUUCAAUCUCCCCAAAGUGCAUCUCCCCCAAAUGCAUCUUCUGUACAUGUGAAUUCUUGGAUGACUAACACUCCACCCAAAAACAAGGGCGGUCUAACCACCACUUUGUAGAGAUUACUAAUAAGUUUAUGUGGUACCUUCAUUAACAUACAAGACUCUAGAGGCAAGCCUCCAUUUCAUCCAUGCCGCGCCAAUGCAUUGUGUGACAUCAUGGUUGAUGUCCCCACUAUCCUGGAUUGCGCAUCCAAAAUACUUAAAACUUUCUCUUUUGGGAAUACUCUGUAUGACAAGCCUCACUUCCAUGACCGCUUCAUCCAAUGCAACACUACAAUAAGUCAAAUGUUACCGCAAUUUUAAAUUGAAAUACUAAAUCAAAUGGAAAUCAAUUUUUUCAAGUCGACUUCGUUUGAUUUGGUGCAAUUUUCUGAUUUUCCUUUAACACCUUACACCCCUAUGUGAAGUUAUAUUACAUGACAAUAAUCACUCUUAUUUAUUUUUUUAAAGUAAACCUCAUUAUCGAAGUAAAUUGACCUUUCAUAAUUUAUUUAACAGAAGUCCCUCUCAUCUAUAUAUAGAAAAAUAUUUAUUUGAAGAUAAUUGGUUUUACAAGAAAAGGUUCUGAGCGACUCAAUGAGGAAGAACUCCUGUUAUGACUUCCACACCAAGAAGAAUAGAAUAGAGCAAGGUUUCUAAACCACUACAAAAGAAAGUUGAAAUUCGCUAAGAAGUUUGUUACUAAUCCGUCAUUAAAUUUCUCGUAGCUAAAAUAAACUUUUGAUAAUCCGUCGCUGAUCUACAAUGCAUUUGUUGUACAACUACAAAAUUGGUCUGUAGCUAAUUAUUUUUAAAAUAGUGAUGUAGUACAAGCGGUAAACGUAGAUAGGUUGAACUAUUGGUUUGGUGAAACAAAUGAAUGGACCGAAAGUUUUAACCACAAAAUGAGAACAUUGAGCCGAGACAAGCUCAAGGCCCCAUUAAUUAGGAAAACUUUUGUGAGAAGAGCGAUAUACAGUGUGAAUCUAUUUCAUGUCCUAUUACAAAGAUAAGAAAAAGGAAGAGCGGAAAGAACAAUGAAUAUUUAACUUGAUUAGCAACCAAAAUAAAGCAUUUUAAUAAAAUAGUAAUAUUCUUUUUAUUACUUAAUUUGCACUUCUAAGAGAAUAUCGCUACACAUUAUAGAACCCUAGAUAUUCAAUUCCAUCCUCUUUCACCGCCGCCAACCUCUCUUUCCUCUUCAUCAUAGUUCAUCAUUAUCUCUCCCUUCACCAUCUCCAAUUUUGAAGAUCUAUAGUAGUUUUUUUGUCAUGAAACUCAACCAGGCCUUACCAAAUCUUUAUGGCUUUUGGGUUCAUCACGAAAUUGGAAAAGUAAUAUAGGACAGAGGGAGUACAAAAGAAAACACAAAAGAACUAUUGAGAGAAUUUUUCUCUAAAAGGAAUGAUGAAUUAGGUAAUCGACCAUAAAACUCACAAGUCACAAAUACCCAAAACCUUGUACUAACCUUUUACAUAGCAAAAUCAAAUUUCAAAGAUUGCAAAAUUUUCCACCCUCAAAUGGAAUCCAAGGGAGAUGAAGCCUCCCAUCAACCCUCAAAUCGGAUCAAACCCACAAGCCAUUCACAAUUUUCAGUAACUUCAAUGCAAGAUGCUUCUAGCUUGGCGAUUCCCACCCUUCUACCGGAACUCAUAACUGAAAUUCUCUUAAGGUUACCAGUGAAAUCCCUCCUUCAAUUUAAGUGUGUUUCAAAAUCUUGGCUUGCUCUAAUCUCUAGUCAAGAUUUUAUCAAGACCCAUCUUAGUUUAUCAGCAAAAAACGAGGACUACAACCACCAUAAGCUCAUGUGGAGAAGUUGCUCCAAUUUUAAGGUUUGUUCGAUUAGGUCUUUACUUUGUGGAUCUGUUGUUGAGGCAUCUGACUUGGAAUAUCCCUACAAAUCUUUCAACAUUGUGGGUUCAGCCAAUGGGUUGAUUUGCCUUACCGAUGGGGCAUACGAGUUAAUUCUGUGGAACCCAACAAUUAGUAAGUACAAGAAAUUGCCUGCUUCUAGACCUAGGUUGAAGAAUACCAACAUUUUCACAUAUGGUUUUGGAUUUGAUGAGUGCCAUGAUGAUUAUAAGGUUUUAGGUAUAUUUGGUAGGUAUAAAAAUGGGCUUUUGGAGGACACCCAGGUCAACAUAUAUAGUCUAAGCAGUGAUUCUUGGAGAAGUAAGGAUGAUUUUCCAGGUGGGUUGCAACUUCUUCAAUCAGGUACAUUUGUAAAUGGGAAGCUUUAUUGGGCUACUAUUAGUGGUCUUAAUUUGAACAAUGGUAUGGGGACUAGGGGCAUCAUUUCUGUUGAUAUGGCUGAUGAGAAUUGGGAAAAGGUAGAGCAACCUUCUUGUGUAGGAGAGGAUUUUGGUUUGAGGCUAGGAGUAUUGGGUAAUUAUCUUUCUAUACUCUGUAAUUCUCAUUCUCACGUAAAUUUAUGGGUUAUGAAGAAGUAUGGGGUUAAAGAGUCUUGGGCAAAAAUGUAUACCAUCAAACGUCCCAUCCCUGGAAAAUAUGUGGUUACCACUCCGUUUUGCAUGUCAAAUAAAGGUGAAAUUCUGGUUGUGUUUGGAUCAACUUCGGCCAUAUACAAUACAAAGGAUGACACAAUAAAAUAUGCAGAGAUUACUAACUUUGGUUCCUGUAUGAAGAGUGCUUUCUACAUUGAAAGCCUUGUUUGUCCCAUUUCACACCCAAAAAAACAAACAGCCGAGGAUACAGUAAGAAUGGAGGCUGCAAAGACUCAGAUGAAUGACGAUUAUGUACCAGAUUUAGGAAGUGACGGUCCCUCACUAAUUGGGUCAAGAAGAUCAUCAGAUGAUAGUAACAAUGCAGAUCGAAUAACUCCAUGAAACUCGAAAAGUUUGAUUGGCAAUGUGGUAUUCUAAAGCAUAUCACGAUUUCCUCAACAACAGAUACAAUGUUCUAUGGAAUAUCACAUAUGUGUUCCAAGAUGUUUUUAAGCACCAAGGAAUCUAUUUUCAGCUGCACUUCUAUAAUAUCAUUAGCCACUAAAUAAACUAGGCUUCCUUGAUUGCAACAACCACAAUCUCAAUCUUUGUAGAUUGGUGAAUCUUUAUGCUUGAGCUAAGGGGUAUCAAAUAGACAAGUUGGGCUGAAUUUGAGCAGAUUAAAAUAGGAUGACUUAGAAAAUAGGCAGGGCAAUGACCCAUCCAAAGUUACUUGGGCCGAAAUGGGCUUAACAAAUGGGUCAUAACACAAUCUGUCCAAUGCUUAUUAGUUUUUUUUUAAAAAUAAUUUGUUGAAGUAUCAAAUGUUUCCUUCAUUAUGGAAAUAUAUAACAUGUUUAACAAAAAAAACGUCUUUAAUAUAUUUUGAUAAGAUUUUUCAUGGGUGAAUUUUAGGCUAUAUAUCAACCUAGCUAUUAAAAGGACUGAAAUGAGCGGGUCAAAAUGGGUUGAGUUCAAUAUUGACUUGCCCAAACUUGGACAGGUUGAGGCAGUCAUGAUUGCAUGGAUUGGUUUUAUUGCCCUUGAUUGAACAUAUGAUCUUAUUCCAGGAUUGCUCUUUGACCCCAGUGGCAUGCCUAGGUAUAUAGUUGGUAGCUCCCCUACUCUAUGACCCAAGACUUCUGCCAAACUAUCUGCCUCAGCCACCUAAAUUAUGGGAUAAAUGAAGCUCUUACCCCAGUUGAUGUGUAAUCCAGAGACUGCUUCAAAGAUGAUGAAUAUAACUCUUAGAAUUAACAUUUUCUCUCUCACUGCUUCACAAAAAAUAAGAGUAUCAUCUGUGUAUUGCAGAUGAGUGAUCUCCAAGCCAUUUAGUGCUCUGUGUUCCACCUGGAAGCCCCUUAGCCAACCCUUUUUCACCUUUGCUGUCUGAAUCAAGUCACUCAAGCCUUCCAUGGCUAUGAUGAAUAAGAAGGGUGACAGGGUGGUUUUCCUUGAAAUUAAUCCAAACACAAGCAACCUUUAUUUUUCUCUUGCAAGACAUCUGACAAUGAAAAUUGAUGUCUAUUAAGCUUUGGGUGGUUUUCCUUGAAAUACUGACCGGCCAAAGAGCCACGGACGAGAGAAGAUCAAGGAAUGAACAUAACUUUGUGGCAUGAGAAAAACCAUAUCUUGCAGAUAGGCAUCAUUUUGUCAGAGUGUAGAUCCUCAUCUCGGAGGUCACUUCUCAUAGAAAAGAGCAUUUAGGUCAACUGAGAUUGUUGUUUUUCUGCCUUAGAAUAAAUGCAAAAUCCAGACUUCAAAUGAGUUAAGUUCUGGAAAUGCUGAUGCGUCUACCUUCAAUGAAUUAAGUUGGCCGCGCUCCUAGCGUUUAAAUUAAAGAUGUUGGUGUCAAAUUUUAAAUUAAGUUUGUGGGUUAUGAAGGAGUAUGGAGUUAAGGUGUCAAAGUCAGGUUAUCCAGGAUUUAUCAUGGUAUUAGGGAAUACCCUCAACCAAAUAUAGGAUAGAUUUAAUCCCAAAUUUUAUGAGUUGACACCAACAUCUUUAAUUUAAACUCUAGGACUGGAGGCUAACUCAUUGAAGGCAGAAGCAUCAAUAUUUCCAGAACUUAACUCAUUUGAGGUCUGGACUUUGCAUUUUAUUUAAGGCAGCAACAACAAUCUCAGUAGACCUAAAUGCUCCUUUCUUUGAGAAUUUGCCUCCGAGACGAGGAUCGAUAAUCUGACAAAAAUGAUGCCUAUUUGCAAGAUAUGAUUUUCCUCAUGCCACUAUGUUAUGUUCACUCCUUGAUCUUCUCUCGUCCAUGGCUCUUCGGCCGGUCAGUAUUUCAAGGAAACCACUUAAAGCUUUAUAGACAUCACUUUUCAUUGUCAGAUGUAUUGCAAGAGAAUAAAGGUUGCUUGUGUUUGGAUCAAAUUCAAUAAUAUACAAUCCAAAGGAUGACACAAUCAAAUAUGCAGAAAUUACCAACUUUCAUUCCUGUAGUGAGACUGAAGUCUACAUUGAUAACCUUGUUUGUCCCAUUUUACACACAAAAAAAAGAUUGCCAAGGAUACAGUCAGAAUGAAGGCUGCAAAAACUAUAGAUAUCAGGUGACUGACGAUCAUGUAACUAAUGAAUUGCAAGAUUCCACUUUAUACAUGUCUCACAAGUGCUUCUCAAUUCACUUUCUUUCAUAAAUAUUGAAAACAUACAUGGGAUACUUAAGGGACAUUGUUACACCAUGUUUGCUUGGAGAUGUGUUUCGUCCUUUUUCUUUUGGCUUAUUUCCAUGAAACAACUUUUUGCGUGAACAUUUAUUUGGUUGUAGAGUUAGUGUCUUCAACACUCGAAAUAAAUGGAAUUGAAAAUUGUUUCUUGAAUCCAUGAGCAAUUCAAAGGAACCUCUACCUCCCAAUACGGAAUGAUUUGGAAUCAUAACUGCUAGGGAAAUUUCAGUGUGAAGGAAGCUUACAAAAAGUUCAACCCUUUCUCCUAUCAGGCUACUGGCUGUGCCAUGGAAACUCAUCUAGAAAGUUUAAGUACCUCCUAAAGUGUCCUGCUUCACUUGGCUACCAGCAAUGCAGGCUAUUUUGAACAGGAAAACCUCAUGAAAAGGGGUAUCCAACUGCGUCCCGUGUGGAGAAGAGGCUGAAACAGUCAAUCACCUCUUUCUUAACUGUAGGAUCACUAAUAUUUUAUGGAGCAUUUCAUCAAUUUGAAGGGCCUACUUUGGGUGAUGCCAAGAAAUAUUGUUCAGGCCCUGAAGAUAUGGAGUAGCUUUGUGCCUUUGCCUAAUUUCUGGUCAUAAAGAAAGAUGGAAGAUCAUUCCCACAUGCAUCUGGUGGUCUGUGUGGAAAGAGAGGAACCUCAGAUGCUUCCAGAACAAAAAUAACAAUAUCCAGAAGAUGAUGAAUUGCUUGGUUUUAUUUAAUUUUUGGUGUAAACAGGAGUAUAUGGAAGAUCUAGAAUCAGUAAUGAAUGCUUUAGAAUUGUAAAUUUUUUGCUAUUUAGGAUUGAAGAUCUUCCUGAUACUAACCUUUAAUUGUAAUUAGUAAACCUGUAACAAGUUGUGGCGGGUUUGAGUUUUAGAAUAUAAAACAAGAAUGUUACCUUCUCAAAAAAAUUGUUUCUCUUUAGAAGCAAUGGUUUAAGUGGAUGUGUCGCGCCUCAAGACAGUAAUAAAGAGUGCUUUAUUGUAGCUGAAUCCUUCAAUAACUUUAGGCAUAACCCUUGCUAAGAUUGUUGUUUGAUCUCGGGUCUACGUUACUAAUCAAAGGACAAAACUUCUUUUACUUUAGCAGUAACAUUGACUUGCAAAAUUUAAUAACUAUGCUGAUCUUGUCAUGAGACUGGAAAAGGGCACCAGUAAACAAGAGAUUAUAGGAGAAACAUAUUUGAGACUUUCUUUAAUAGGAUCCUGUUUACUGUAGUGAUUGUUAGCAUAGAAUUCAUUUAUAUAAUCCUAUUGAAAUAUGAAUAGGUUUAUACAUCCUAUUAGAAUAGGAAUAGGUUUAUACAAUCCUAUUAGAAUAGGAAUAUGUUUAUACAAUUCAAUUAGAAUAGGAAUAAGAAUACUAAAUAGUAUCCUACUUGAUAAAGGAUUGUAUUCUAUGGUCUAUAAAUAGGGUCUCAUGUAAUAAUGUAGUCACAACAACAAUUCAAUAAUAUUCUUUUCCUAUAUUUCUCACAUGGUAUCAGAACCUCUACGAUCUUGGUAAACAAUCAAAGAGCUUCCGCUGUCGGCGGGCGGCUAUUACUCAUAUGCCGCUCAUCCAGCCAAGGAUUAUGUUAGCAAAAGUUGGGUCACUGUGUAUCUUACUAGUGACUAUUUUCCCAUAUCUAAUUUUUGUAGCACCGUCCUAUUAUUCCGGCGACUGCUUUCUUAUAUCUAUUUUGUGUAGCACCGUGCCACCAAUACCGGUUACUACUUUUUCAUAUUUAAUUUGUGUAACACGUGCUAUCAUUCCAGUGACUACUUUUUCAUAUUUAAUUUGUGUAGCACCAUGUCAAUUCUUCUGGUGACUUAUCUUUUUUUUUGCAUAUCUUAUUUGCGUAGCACCGUUCAUCUCUCCGGACUACUUUUCGUAUUUAAUAUGCGUACUACCAUGGGUUUUUUCCGAACUAUUUUUUCAUAUCUGAGUUGCAUAGCACCGUGUGUCUUUUCGGUGACUCCUCAGAUUUGAUUUGCAUAGUUCCGUUCGUCUUUUCGGUGACUCCUCAAAAUCUGAUUUGUGUAGGGUUGUGCCAUCAUUCCAAUCCUACCUAUAUAAUUUCUCUUUUUCAUUAGGGUCGUGCCAUCAUUUCGACUCUACCCAUAUUAUUUCUCUUUUUCAAUGGGGUCAUUCCAUCAAUUCGAACUAUCCUAUUUAAUUUCUAUUUUCUAGUUGGGUAGUGACAUCAUUCUGACCCUACCUAUAUAAUUUUAUUUCUUAGAUUGUGACCACUUUUAGCCAUCAAACCUAAUACUCCGGCAUAUGAGCAUGUUUCAGCCAAUUUUUCGGUGACGUUAAAUAUCGACUCAUCUAUUGAUUCCAACGUGAUUCAUAUACUUUACACUAGGUUUUGAGCACUUUGUUGCUCAGGAGGAGUUUAGUAGCCUUGUAUGUCGAUUAUGUGAGUCACUCAUAGUUUGAAGCAGUCUUUGCAUGUAUAGUUUGGGAAGUUCAACAUUGAAAUUUUAUCUUUGUUUUUACUGACUGACAUUAUGCAUCAAGUCCAGUAUUUAAUGAGAAGACAAACACAUUGAGAUUGACUGUCAAUUUUGUGAAGUCGUCUGAUCAACUUGUGAAUAUCUCACCAAGCCCCUCAUUGUCCUCGUGUUAAUUACAUUUGUUACAAGCUAGGUACAUGAAUUGUAUGCACUAGCUUGAGGGGGAGUGUUAGAAUAGGAAUAGUUUUAUAUAAUCCAAUUGAAAUAGGAAUAGGUUUAUAUAAUCCUAUUAGAAUAGGAAUAGGUUUAUACAAUCCUAUUAGAAUAGGAAUAGGAAUACUAAGUAGUAUCCUACUUGAUAAAGGAUUGUAUUUUGUGGUCUAUAAAUAGGGUCUCGUGUAAUAAUGUAGACACAACAACAAUUCAAUAAUAUUCUUUUCCUAUAUUUCUCACAGUGACCAUGAAAGUGAAAAUUUUGUCAUCUUUGUUAUCUGAAAAAAGAAGGUUCCUGGUUCCACUAUAAUGGGUUCUUGUAUCUUGUUCCUUAAUAGCGGUGAGUUGUAUUGUAUUUUUUUCCACAGAUCCUCACAUAUUCUGGUCGGCCUUUGAAAAUAUUAUAGUUAAAAAAAGAAAAAGUGCUAUGGUCAUGUUUCACCAAGCAGAUGAAAGCCUCGUUUAAUGCGGUUAAAGUGAAACUCUAGUUAGUAAAUGGUAUCAACUAUAAACUAUUUGUUGUGGCAUUCUGAAAAUUUAACUCAAAGAGUCUAGUCAAUGUAGACAAGUAUAGAUGAGAAAAAAAAAAGUUAAUUUGUACUCAAAAUCAGUGAUUUACUUAUUGUUGUUGUAUUUGUUGAUUUGCAUCCUACGUGAGACUUUACACUGGAGUAUUUUUUUUAUUCUUUGGUCUGUUACUGGUGUUUGUUGAGCUCUAAAGGGAAUUCUUGGCUGAUUCAUUUGUGAAGUUGCUUCAGACAUACAUGGUUUAUGGAAUAAAAGAUUUUGAGUGUUCUGUGGCACAUGAAAAUGUUUUCUUUGGCAGCCUAAGAUAUUACCCAACUAUACCAUGUUUUCCUGUGUUCCGACUCUCCAAAAAUGUUGUGGCACUGCCCCACUCAUUCUUAUUUUUCCUGUGAGAAAGUUUUCUGUUUAAUAAGAGCUCUCCCACUCCAGUUAUUGCUUUCUUUUUGUUACUUUGAAAGUAGCUGCUUCAACUUCUUUAGCUUCAGCCACUCAAAAUUUCGAUGUUCUUUUUUAUUUCGCAGCAAUCUUCUAAUCUCUUUUACUCUUGGACCAGAACAAUUAUUAGGUCCUAUUAUUAUGAUAUAAUAUGAACUUAUGGCAGUGAGCUGGUUCCAUUCUCCCCUAGUUUUAAAUGCUGUUGUUGGUCCCUGACAGGUUUCUCGGCCGUUUAUCAAAAGGUGAUGUGAACUUGUGAGUAUUCCUAGGCAUUUCAAUUAAAAAGAAAAACCAACUUGCACCCAAGGGUGUGACCUAGUGGUCAAUGAAGUGGAUUGAAAACCAUGAGGUCAUAAGUUCUUAUUUCAGGAGAGGCCAAAAACACUUACCUCGUGGUGUCUAUGUUGGUGGGAGGUCGCAAGUAGAUCAUAAAGUUAAACGAGGUACCUGCAAGUUGGCCUGAACUCUCCAUAAAAAGAGAAGAAAGAUUGACAAAUAUGAAGACUUCACUUGAAAAAAUAAAAUUUUCCACGGUUCUCAUGUAUCUGUUUUGGUUCUUGGACUGCUAUUGAAAAAAAUACAUUGUCAAUGUAUUCAACUCUUGGUUAUUCCUAUCCUUACUGUUCCAUAUGUCAUAUUAUUCUUGUGAUACUUGAUUGUCUCAUUUUUUCUUCUUUUCUUUUGGGCAGGUACCAGAUUUAGAAAGUGGCAAUCCCUCAAUUGGUUCAAGAAGAUCAUCAGACUGAUAGCAAUGAUGCAGAUCGAGUGAGUGGCGUGCUAAGUUAGUAAUCUUUCUUAGGAACAAAUUUGAUUCUGUUUUAGCAUUCUGGUUGAACAUAUUGUUCUUUUAAACUUUGAUAUAGAUCAUGUGAAUUUGGAGUUUAUGCAAAUUACUCCAUCAAAACUUAAAAAGUUUGAUUGACAAUGUGGUUUGCUGAAGCAUAUCAUGACCCUAAAUAUGUGUAGUUAACUGUUUUGGAUAUGUUUGUUGCCUGGGAACUGGUCUUAUUAUCCAUUCCCCCCUCUUACAUAAUCAAGAGUUCUCCUGUUAUAAGCUUU